AUGGAAGAAGAACAAAGCAUCAAGUCCAGCACCAAGAAGAACUUUCCCGACACAAUCUUCCCCAUACCAGGGCCGCGACGUCCCAUCUUCUCCUUGACCUUUGCUGGUAAAAGAGAAAUCACCGUCUCAAGCCGCGAACUGGUAGAGGAAGUCUCCGAUGAGACCCGUUUCUGCAAGCUCGUCACGAGCGGUGUUGAGACUAUGCGAGCAGCCGCUGGCGAUGGUCUCUUCACUGCACAGCACAACAAUCACACCUGGGGUGUCGCUCACAGGAUUUUGAUGCCAGUCUUUGGUCCUUUGAAGAUCAGGAGUAUGUUUGAUGAAAUGAAUGAUCUCUCUGAACAGCUUUGCUUGAAGUGGGCUCGUCUUGGUCCUUCGGUGCCCAUCGAAGUCGCUGAUGAUUUCACUCGCCUGACUCUGGACACCAUCGCGCUGUGCUCUAUGGACUACCGGUUCAACAGUUUCUACCUGGACAAGAAGACACAUCCAUUUGUCGAGAGCAUGAUUGCCGUCCUUGGAGAAGCCGACCUGCAAGCUGUCCUCCCUGACUUUGUCAGUCUACUUCGACCACGGGCAAUGUCCAGAUUCAGGCAGAACAUUGAGCAGAUGCAAAGCACAUGCCGCGAGAUCAUCGCGCAGCGCCGUCAGUCACCCACCAAAGAUCAGAGCAAUGACUUGCUUAACGCCAUGCUCAAUGGUCGCGAUCCCGAGACCGGGGAUUCCUUGAGUGAAGAGGCCAUUGUUCACAACAUCAUUACCUUUCUGGUCGCAGGUCACGAGACUACGUCAGGUCUCCUGUCCUUCUCCAUCUACUAUCUUGUGGAGCACCCAGAGGAAAUGCGGAAGGCUCGUGAGGAAGUCGACCGAGUUAUUGGAGAUGGGCCCAUCAACGUCCAGCAUCUGCAACAGCUUCCUUUCCUCGAUUCAGUCUUCCGGGAGACAUUGAGAUUGAUGCCGACUGCGCCUGGGUAUUAUGUCACCCCAUUCAAGGAUGAGAUCAUCGGGGGACAGUAUCUCGUCAAGCCUGGCGAGGCCUUAUUUUGGGGUGCAGAUGCAGAAGAAUUCAAACCAGACAGGAUAAGGAACCUCGACAGUAUUCCAAAACAUGCCUGGAAGCCGUUUGGUAAUGGCAUGCGAGGUUGCAUUGGGAGAGCGUUCGCUUGGCAGGAGGCGCAACUAGUUAUCGCGAUGCUUUUGCGCAACUUCGACAUCAAGAAGGAUGAUCCUGGAUACAAGCUCAAGGUCAAGCAUCUUCUUACGAUCAAGCCAGCCGGGUUCAAGGUUCGAGUCGGCUUGAGAGACGACAAGAGGCCGACUGACUUCUUAAAAAGCCUAAGGGCUCGCUCGAGUGGUGUCGAAGAGCCCUCAAGACAGGCUAUGCAACACGUCUUGUCUCAAAAAGGCCCGAUGACAGUCUUGUACGGAUCUGAUACAGGCACCUGUGAAGCAAUGGCACAGCGUCUCGUCAUGGAAGCAUCCAGAAGAGGCUUUACCCCCAAGUCGAUGUCCAUGAACGAUGCUGCGGGAAGUCUACCUUCGGAUGGCCCAGUCAUCAUGAUCACCGCGUCUUACAACGGACUGCCAUCGCGGGAUGCGACUAAGUUUGUUUCUUGUACCCAGAGUCUUCAAGCUGGCGACUUGAAAGGCGUCCGGUUCGCCGUCUUUGGUUGUGGUCACAGAGACUGGCCUGCUACACUUUUCAAAGUGCCAAUGGCGCUGGAUGCAAUGUUGGAUGCGGCUGGAGCUCAGAGACUGGCCACUCUGGGCACCGCAGAUACUGCGACCUGUGAUGUCUUCUCUGAGCUCGAAAGCUGGCUCGAUAACCACCUUUGGCCAGCACUGCUAGACAAUCAUGGGCGCAUUGUGGAUCGGGAAAGCCCCGAUGUCGAUAUUGAGGUCAAACUUGGAAAUGGAUUCCAACCCACAGUACGCAGAGGCUUCAUACCAGCAUUUGUCGAAGAAUCUCGCAUGUUGUCAGCGAAAGGUGUCCCUCAAAAGCGACAUCUUGAACUCAGACUGCCAGAAGGGGUCAUCUACCAAGCCGGCGGUCAUCUUCAGGUUUUGCCCCAGAAUGACCCACAGCUUGUUCAGAAAGUUCUGUCCAGGUUCAAAAUUACCGGAGACACUCUACUGACGAUCACAUCUCGAUCGGGCCGUUCAUCCAGCCUGCCUCUCAACAAGCCCAUCACAGCCUGGGAUCUCUUUGCCAGCCACCUCGAACUCACACGCACAGCAACGCCAAGAAGCAUCGAAAUCUUGGCAGAGGUAGCUGAGAAAGAGGAGACUCGCGCUACAUUGCGGACCCUGUCGAGUAAGACUUCCGACAUCCGCGACAAGUGUCUUACCAUCGUCGACCUACUCAUGACCUUUCCCGACAUCAAGCUUUCACUCACGUUGUUUCUCUCCAUGUUGCCGCAGAUGCGCCCUAGAACCUACUCUUUCUCGUCUGCGCCUUCCUGGAAGUCUGGCUUUGCGACGCUGACUUACACCGUUGAGGAGAAGGGCGUUGCAUCAAACUAUCUUGCAUCUUUGAGUCAAGGGGAUGCUGUGCAAAUCACUUUGCUGCCUCCGACAGUCAACUUCUGUCUCCCCGAACUUCGAUGCCAGGCCUCGACAUCGGUGAUCAUGAUAGCAGCAGGCACAGGUCUCGCCCCUUUCAGGGGGUUUAUCCAGAACCGCGCAAUUGCACUGCGGGAAGGAGCUCCCUUGGCGCCGGCGAUCCUGUUCUUUGGCUGCCGUGGACCGGAACUGGAUGACAUGUAUCGUGAUGAGUUGGACGAUUUUGAGAACGAAGGCGUGGUAACAGUCGUUCGCGCUUUCAGUCGGGCAAGAGGGGCACCACACAAAUACGUCGUUGAUCAGCUGCCAAACUUCAAGGACCAACUUUCAGAAAUGUGGAAGAGUGGAGCACGCGUCUAUGUAUGUGGUGCAAAGAAAGUUGCCGAUGCGGUGUUCGAGGUGUUGCGACCAAUGCUGCUUGAGGCGGAGAUGGAACCUGGGCAGCCAGUUGCCGUUGACAUUGACACUUGGAACAAGACUGUCCCGGGUAAUCGAUAUGUAGUCGAGAUUUUCAACUAA